AUGUGUUUGCUAUUGGGCUGUAAGGAGGCAUCAUUGCCAGUCAAAUACCUGGGCAUUUAUCUGAAAGCAAAUCCGAGGUUGGUUAAGACAUGGAAGCCAGUGAUUGACAAGGUAGAAGAUAAGUUGAGUAUGUGGAAAGCAAAGACCCUCAAUAAGGCGGGAAAGCUGGUGCUUAUCAAGUCCGUGCUUAAUAGUAUGCCUAUCUACUACCUCAGCAAGAUGCCCAAGGCAAUGGCGAAAAAGCUGAUUUUCCUGCAAAGAUAUUUCUUGUGGAGUAAAGAUGAUGGGAGGUACGGGAUGCCGUUAGUGAAAUGGGAGUUGGUUAUGGCCCAAAAAAGACAGCCAGCCUAUACCUACGAGAGGGGGUCCAUGGAAGGAUAUUUGCCCAUUACAGAUAAGGAAACCGUAUUGCAAGCAGAAGCACUCCAGGAGGAUAUCACAAGCUAUAGUUUCACUAGUGCUAUUUGGUCAGGCAUCCUCCCACCAAGGAUUGAGUUGUUUGCUUGGUUUGUGUUAGUUGGAAGGGUGAAUACUAAGGAUAGACUGUGUGCGGAGUGCUUGACUAUUCGCUCUAGGGAGGAGUUGGAAGAUGCUAGGCUCACUAAAGCAACACUUUAA